GUUGCAUGUGAGUAGCAGACAACUUUAUAUAAACAAUGUCAGGCGUGUUCUCUAGAGGCUACGGUUUUCGACUGAUUCGACGCAUCUUAACAGUUCGAGUGAAAUACGUUCAUGAUAACAUUACCUCUAUAGUUUCAAGAAAAGGUAUUAGCACAAACGCAUUGAAUGCCAGAUGUGCAGUGCGGAGGAAAAGCGUCUGGACAUUUUCCAAUGAGACUAAAACGAAACAUGCAUAUUGUUCUCGAAUCUCAGCAUGUUUCUAUUCAAAUGGUGACAAUGAACACAAUGUCGGCGAUAAAGGAAAGCCCCAAGAUGUUGACAGUGUUGGGAAAAUCGAACCGAAAAUGCAGAUUGCAUACACAUGUAAAGUUUGCAACGCAAGGAACUUUCAAACGUUCACAAAAAUUAGUUACGAAAAAGGGGUCGUCAUAGUCAAGUGCAAAGGCUGCAACAAACAUCAUUUAAUAGCAGACAACCUUGGCUGGUUUCAUGAUGUUGGAGCUAAGAAUAUUGAAGAAAUCCUGGCAGCAAAGGGAGAAAAAAUAUCAAAAAUUUCAACCGGAGAGGAUGGACAGUUGGAAAUUGAAGGCAAAGAGGAUUAAUGUUUGUUUCUGUUUCCAUUGUUACAUCGACCUGUAAUAAACAAAAGAACAUUGUAUUUAUGGAGUGGGAAGGAUUGAGACAAAUGCUUUCUCCUCAACUUUGAACGAAUUUUUACAUAAAGUCAGUGGAU